AUGGCAAACCUUCAAGAAUUCUUCAUCACUGACGAACACCUUGCUCCAUUGGCAGGCAAGGUGAUUAUCGUUACUGGCUGCUCCUCCGGCAUCGGCGAAGCAACAACCCAACUCCUGCUCUCCGUCAACGCCAAAGUCGUCGGCGGCGACCUCAACCCCCCAGCCAAACCCCACGACAACCUGCUCUUCGUCAAAACAAACGUCACCUCUUGGCCGAGUUUGCUGAACCUGUUCAAAACGGCCGUCGCCACCCACGGCCGCAUCGACCACGUCUUCUCCAAUGCUGGAAUUACUGGACGUGCGGAUUACCUUACCGACACGCUCGAUGCCAAUGGCGACAUCCAGGAACCGAGUAAUCUCACGUACGACAUUGAUUUGCGCGGAAUGGUGAAUACCAGCUACCUCGGCCUCACCUAUCUGCGUCGUCAGUCUCCUUCUACAGGCAGUAUUGUCUGCACAGCGUCGGCAGCCAGUUUCCAGCGCUUCCGCAUCGCCGACUACACGGCCGCCAAGCACGGCGUGCUGGGCUGGAUGCGCGGCGUCGUGCCUAACCUGCAGUCCCAGAACCUGCCCAUCCGCAUCAACGCCAUCUCUCCCAGCUGGACCAUCACCGGCAUGACGCCCACCCCUGCCGUGCAGGCUUUGCGCGAUUUGAAGCUCGUCGAGUGGCAGGGUCCGGAGGUGGUUGCGCGCUCUGUUGCCGUGCUGAUGGCGGAUCAGCAGCGGCAGGGGCAGUUGAUUUACUCUGUUGCCGGGCGGUAUUAUGAGAUUGAGGAGGCAGCAUUGUUGCCUGCUGCUCGGGGGUUUAUUGGGGUGAAUGAUGAGGACAAGGUGAUUGAGGCGUUGCAUCGCGUUACGCCGGACAUUGGAAGAGUGUAG